GUAACUUGCGCCUGAGUGGGGACAGUCUUGUGCCUCACCUCCCACCGCUAACAUCUCCUAAGUGCACCUUCUCCAGCACUGCUCUGAGUGCUGUCGCCAUUCCACCUGAAGAGCACUAACAGAAGCCAGGAGACAAAUUCAGUGAAAGAAAAUCUUAUAAAAGGGAGGGAUAACUACGUCAAGUGAAUCGUGUAUUCUCGAGGAUAUCUCACAUCACUCUAAAGAUACUGCAUAUGAUCUCGUUGCACAGAAUCGUUUUCUAGUCACAGGAAAAGCCAGUCACGGAGGAUAUACACUAGUCAAAGGACACUGAGCCAGUCGCUGUGGACAGGAAGUCCUGCAUAUCUCUACCUCAGCAAGUAAAAAACCUUGGGACCAGAGCUUCCUCAGCGCACACCUGAGCAUUACCACAACCUGACGCUGGAAGACCUACGUGAAGAAACGUCUCCGAGUACCUGAGAAAGGCUGAGAACAGGAUGAAAGGCUGGUUCGACGCCUUCCGCUCUGAGGGAGGUCCUACGCUCUACGCUUACAGUAACCGCACCAGCGUCACCGCUGAUGUUCCCACCAUCACCAUCUGCCUCCUCUUCCUUACAGUCUUCAUAGCCUUCAUCAUCAUCUUCCCAGGAGUCAGAAAAGAGAAGUUCUCCACCUUCUGCACUGUGACACUCAGCCUGCUGGUCGGCAUUGUUAUCUGCAUAUGCAAUGUGGGGUCGUCUUGGCAUGUGGCCCACGGUGUCAUCAGGUCGUCUUACCGGGCCUUCUCCUCUGAGAAGAUCGACGCCACCCUGGGCGUGGCCAUCGGCCUCGACCACGCCAACGUUACCAUGCGGGUCAUCCCUCAACACAACCGCAGCCUCGACAUCAACUUCAACGAGCGCUUCCACUGGAUCCAGCCCAGUGACAUGCGCAAGCACUACCGAGAGGCGCUGGUCAAGGGCCUGCCAUACCCCAUACUCACCGUGGCUGAGUACCUCACUCUAGACAACGAAGGCUUCGCCUGGGGCAGAUACUACCGCAGCGCAGGAUACUACACCACCAUCUGUUUAUGGUCAGCCUUUGCGUCAUGGCUACUGAUGAACAUCCUGUUGGUGAAUGUGCCCCGCUACGGUGCCUACACCAUGACAGUGACCGGGUCACUGAUGGGGCUCUCAAACCUCGUCUUCUACCUCCUCAUGCCUCCAAAACCCCUUGACAUACGCUUCGAAGACACUACCCUCACUUUCCACCUGGGAUGGUGUUUCUGGCUUACACUCGUUGUCGGAUGCAUUGUAACCAUAUCGGGACUAAUCGUAUUCAUGUUGGAUUGCAUCUAUCCACACAAAUUCUCAACCAUCCUGGAAGUGGACUUCGACACGCCCUACGACCGUCACAUCAUCAUCGAAGACUCCCACGACACGAGAAAACGUCGCUUCAAGAUACCUCGUCUGGAAGAGCCGCUCAAUGCUGGACUCAACGCUGGUUCCAGACUCCUCAGACGUUUGUCCAAAAGAGGAAAGGAAGCGACAGAGGAGAAUGAACCCAGGAUCACACCCGGCAUCGAUAACCACGCCUUCGAAAUGGAGCCUCCAAAGGCCCCUUGGAAAUAUCCGAACUUUAUGAUGAGAACAGAUUCAAAAAAAUCAACCAAAUCCGUGAACUUCCGGUCUGCGUCGCAGAGAUCGCAACAGUUCUUGGACAUCCCGCAGCUACCAGACUUCGAGGAGAAAAUCAAGCCCUUCCAACGGUCAGACUCUAAACAGAGCAGCAUGUCAUCCAUAUCCGUCGCGUCUUCACCCAAAAGCGUAAACUUCGAGGACCCGGUGCUACCAGGACCCAGCGUCCAUCCUGGCGGAGCUGAGGCCGUUCCCGAAGUUUCUAUACUCCGGCAGGACUCUAGCCAGUCAGUUGCCUCGUCAUCCUCUUCCUUUGGUUUAGGGAUGCUUACUCGGAACCAAAGUAUCCGUAGAAUUUCUAAUGAGGAAAAUAAUCAUCCUCCAGUUGCGAGAAACAACUCUGGCAAUAUAAUUGUGUUCCAUCGCACAGAUUCCCGAGGCCAGCUUCAGAGGUUGAACGGCGAAGUUGUAGAAAUCCAGACUGAUGAUUCAACAGACAUGUGGUGAAUCCUUGAGGGUUCGUGUGUCAUAAAUCCGGCUUAAAUUAUAUUAUAUUCAUGAAGGACUCACGCCAGUGCUCGCUUAUUUACCCGUAGCCCAGAUACCCAUUAUAGAUAUUUACUCACAAAUGGGUAAUUUGCUUUACCUGUCAUUUGUGGGUAAUUCAUAUAUUUUUAUUCAUUAUUGGUGGGUAAUUUAUAAAUUUCGACCCAUUAUUUAUGGGAAAUUUAUACGUUUUAUCCAAUACCUGUGGGACAGUUUAAUUCUUGUGGGCGUAAAUAACACGUCUUCAUGGGUAAUACCAGUAACUCGGAUGUUGUAUAAAUAUGUAAGACAUCCGAAGUGAAACUCAGUGACUAAUAUACAAUA